UAGCGUGUCUCCGUGAAAAUGUAACUUCUCUGCAUCUGUAUCUGCAUCAUCACUGCAUGUGCACACGCUUCAACCUUCAACCUUCAACCUCUUCUUAAACGUCUUAUGCUAUGUUUAUGACAACUUUCUUAUAUCAUAACAAUAACAAUAACAAUUACUGCUACAACAACAGUUACCGUAGCUGAGCAAUGGCUUCUAUGGCCAGAGGCGCCAAGAGACGCCACUCGAUAAUAAGUAGAAAAAUGCUGAUCCUCUUCUCCGCUUCCCUUUCAUGCGUCGUCGUUUUAGUUAUUUGUUCUCUCUUCAGAUUCCACUCUCCCAAACCCCCAAUUUCAAUUUCAAUUUCUCGCGUCGUCUUCGAUGGCCCUCCCAAGAUCGCUUUCUUGUUCCUCGUUCGCCGCAACCUCCCUCUCGAUUUCCUCUGGGACGCUUUCUUCCAGAACGUCGACGUUUCGAGAUUCUCGAUAUACGUUCAUUCGGCGCCUGGGUUUGUGUUGGAUGAGUCAACCACCAGGUCGCAAUUCCUCUACGGUCGACAAAUCAGUAAUAGCAUUCAGGUUUUAUGGGGAGAAUCAAGUAUGAUUCAGGCAGAAAGAUUGUUACUGGCAGCAGCUUUAGAGGACCCUGCAAAUCAAAGAUUUGUUCUUCUCUCGGACAGCUGUGUUCCUCUGUACAACUUUUCCUACGUGUACAAUUAUCUCAUGGUUUCUCCAAGGAGUUUCGUGGACAGUUUUCUUGAUGCAAAGGAGGGCCGCUACAACCCAAAAAUGUCUCCUAAAAUACCAAGGGAAAAAUGGCGUAAAGGGUCACAGUGGAUCACUGUUGUUCGUAAGCAUGCAGAAGUGGUUGUAGAUGAUGAUGUUAUCUUUUCUGUCUUUAAGAAAUAUUGUAAGAGACGUCCACCAAUUGAUACAAGCAAGGGAAAGCUGAAUCUGAAACUUCAGAAGCAGCACAAUUGUAUUCCAGAUGAACACUAUGUGCAGACAUUGCUUGCAAUGCAUGACCUUGAAGGUGAACUUGAACGUAGAACAUUGACCUAUACCCUAUGGAACCAGUCUACAACAAAAAUGGAGAAUAAAGGCUGGCAUCCUAUUACUUUCGGCUAUUCAAAUGCUAGCCCUCAAAGGAUAAAGGAAAUAAAGGGCAUCAACCAUGUUUAUUAUGAGACUGAGUACCGGAUAGAAUGGUGUCAUACGAAUUCCACAUCCGUUCCUUGCUUUUUGUUUGCUAGGAAAUUCUCUCAGGGAGCUGCUAUGCGCUUGCUGAGCCAGGAAGUUGUUAACCACUUUGAAGUUUCUGCACUACAUAUACUUCAGACGGCAAAUGGGAUUACUACAAGCUUCAAUCGGCAUACUCCACCCAAAGAUUUUGAUGGGAUUAUUAUACAGCAUACUCCACACAAACAGAUUUUGAAGACAAAAAUUGGGCAAGUUUCUGCAGAUCGAAUGUUAUGAGCUGAUAGGACCAUUUUAUCUGGCUUAGUGAGAGAGGUCUUAUACAUUAUACCACAAUUUUAAAACAAUAAUCACAGGAAAUAGUAAGUUAUAAUAUAAAAAGAAUAAUUUUUUCAGUAACAUCUGGAAAUUUUGUUUUGGCUAGUUGGAAUUCUGAUGGCAGAUUGAAAACAAGGCUCUCUUCCAAGGUCUUCUGAACCUUCAUUCCAAAUUUUUUAACCUUUAUCAUUUUAUUUUUUGUUGUUGUUGCAAUUUGGGGAUUUCUCUGUCAAUCCAAGCUAUCCAUAGUCUCCAAACUUAUUGAUUAGCAGUGGUUAACACAUUGGUUCUGUUUCUCAA